CUUAUGCAAAGCCAUGUGUGUAUCUAGGCUAGGGUGAACACGGGCCUUUUUUUUUCUUCUUUUUUUUUUGUGUGUGUUUGCUUUUGUGCUUCAUUUUUCUCUUCUCCCUUUGGUUCCAAUGUUUCUUGCAUAGGGAACAUCUUAUACUCUUUUGUUUUCUUUUCUCCCUGGCUCCUUGCUGGAUCAAGGUUUGCCUUUUUUUUGUUCAACUUCCAUUCUUUAAGCAGGGCUUAGGCAUCUUUGCCUUUGCGAGAUUCUCCUGCGGGACAGUGAGAAGGGUCGGAACCAAUUACCGACAUACGUUCUCUAUAUCAUUUCCUUCAUCUUUUUGUUGGAUUUUCCCUUGGUGGUAAUACAAGAUGGAGUCAUUAGCAGACCUUGCAAGGGUGGCUAGGAGAGCACAGGAGGAUGCGCAGAGGGCAGCAGAGGCUCCGAGCCCCGUCGAGCCGGCGCCGGCUGCGAACAAUGGGACAGGUUUUGAGUCGGGUCCGAAGCAGGAUAUGUCGACACCACGUACACCGAAUAUGGCAAUCGUCCCUCCAUUAAUCCAGGACUUGAGGUUGGGAUCCGCACCGCCUUCGGCAGGACUACCGCUCCCGCCGCUACCUGCCGCUGCGAAAUCACCAUCUUCGAUUUCCACUAGUUCGGCACCAGGAAGCACAAACUCUAUCCCUCUAGGCGCCACAAAUACAACCGAACCCACCUCGGUCACGACACCGGCGAGGAUAGCUCCGCUGAAUGUUGGUCAGCGCAUUGAGAUCUCGCCCGAUUACAGGCCGAAAACGAGCUCGACGAAGCGUCUUUCUUUUGGUUCUGCGGCCUCCAGUAAGCGACCUAUCAAGUAUGCCAGGGGUGGUAUCGAGUUGUCACCACAGCCGAGCGACGAUGACAACGAUCCUCUGAACUGGCCACUGUGGAAGAAGGAUCUCAACCUGGCAGCACUUUUACUCACCGUUGCCCUGAUCCAAGUGAUGAAGACUGUCUUUGUCUCGGUCAAUGUUGUUCUCGAACAAACUUUGAACAGGUCUUACACGGCCAUCGCGGCCUUGACCGGCGCGCCGCUGAUUUUCUCUGCCCUAACCGGCAUGGUGGCCCUCGUGGCAUCGCGCGUAUACGGCAAGAGGCCCGUCUAUCUCGCCGCCACCGCGCUCAUCUUCUUCAGCUCCAUCUGGAACGCGGCCGCCACCGAGUUCAACAAUGUGAUGGCAGCGCGCAUCUUUCAGGGCAUGGGCUGGGGCGUCUUUGACUCGCUCGUCCUAGGCUCGAUCCACGACACUUUCUUCGAGCACGAGCGCGGCCUCCGCGUGGCCAUCUACCAGAUCGUGUCGGUGGGCACCCUCUGGGGCGGCCCGUUACUCGGCGGCGUCGCGUCGCAGAACCCCGCCAGCUGGCAGACCCAGUUCCAGAUCCUCUGCAGCUUCCAGGCCGUGUCGGUGCUGCUCGUCGCCCUGGCCGUGCCCGAGACGGCCUUUGACAGGGCCUUUGUCAUCCGCAACACCCCCAGCACGGCCGGGACCUGGAAGCAGCCAUCACUCAGGCCGCGCGGGCAGGUCGAUAUCGAAAAGGCCAGGGAGUACCUGAUGACCAUGAAGCCCGUGAGCUACAACGCUCGCGACCAGGACAGGGAUCUUCUUCUGCAGGCACCACGGGCCAUGAUCGCACCGACGACCAUCAUGCUCGUCUCGGCGUCUUUCAUCCCUUUCUCGGCACUCUGGUCCAUCGCGAGCUCGUUCAGCAUGCUGUUCGCCCACCUGCCCUUCAACAUGUCCCCGUCGCAGAUCGGCGCGCUGAUGGCCGGCCCCUUCAUCCUGGGCGUGCUAACGACUGCAUUCUUUUCCCUGACCCCGUUCUGGCAGCGCAUCAAGUCCUGCCCCAAGAUCGGGCUGAUCGCUCUGGCCACGGGCUCCAUCCUGACCUUUGUCGCGACCCUGGCCAUGGGCCUGUACACCCAGACGGCCAUGGCGACGCCCAUGUCCACCGCCGCCGCCUCCUCCGCAGCCAGCACCACCCCGGCCGCCGCAUCCGAAACGAGCCCCUUUAUGAUCGACGGCGUGGCCAAGAACGUCAGCUUCCCCGCGCUGGGCUUCCUGUUGGGCCUGCUCGCCGCGGGUGCCUACACCCUGGACGCGACGGUCCGCCCGACCAUCCGCCGCUCGACGUCCUUUACGUCGUCGAACCUGGGCAUCGCGCUGCGCAACACGGUCGAUAUGGAGGGCGCCGUGUCGGUCUGGCGCGCCCUGAUCGCCGGCAUCUUCGUCAUUGGCACGCCGAACAUCUCGUGGACCUUCUCGGCCAUGGCGGGCAGCCUGGUCGGCUUCGCCGUCACGCAGAUGUUGCUGAUCGUCGUCCUCGGUUUCGUCUGGUGGCGGUUCGACCAAGAUAUCAUACGGUGGGACGGCGUCGUCAUGAAGCUGGUCGACCUGGGCUCGCUCAAGAGGUCGGGCAGCUAUAUGGAUAUGGACUGAGCCAGGGGUAGCCUAUAUUUGACGGGGUAAGAUUUUCUUCUCCGGUCUUUUCAUCUUUGUUGAUUGUGCCGUUGCACGUCAGUAUUUCCUCACUCACUCAGCCUUGUUUUGUUUUUUUGUUUAGUUUUUGUUAUGUUAUACCUUGGCUGUCACCGGUACCUUGGACCGAAUGGGUAUUUCCCUUUGUGUUUGUGUUUUACCAUUUACCUACUAGCUGUAUACCCUCUUUUUUUUCAUAAUUCUGACACCUGCUUUUAUUUCACUGUAUGGCCAGAAAAAAAUGUGACCCGCAGAGAAGACCCCUUAAUAUUUAAAAUUUAGCUCGUCGAAUUAUCGACGAGCAUCUGAGUCAAUGAUCGACAAGCGGGUAUGGAAGGAUCAGACGAUUGGAAGAUCUGGGGAUUAACAACCACAGUCAGGCAGGCAUGACGCUGCACUUCCAGCUGCAGACUGAGCUGGAGGCUGAAAAUAGAAAAAAAAAAAAAAAUACAGCAGUCGCCAAGAGUUGUCUGAGGCAGCCAAAUCAAUGUCGGGC